GCCACUAUGAUGCAAAUCAAGUACUUGUUCGCCCUCUUCGCUGUCCUGAUGCUCGUCGUCCUGGGAUCCAACGAGGCCGAUGCCGACUGUCUUUCCGGAAGAUAUAAGGGUCCCUGUGCCGUCUGGGACAAUGAGACUUGCCGUCGAGUGUGCAAGGAGGAAGGACGAGUCAGUGGACACUGCAGUCCUAGUCUGAAGUGCUGGUGCGAAGGAUGCUAA